AAUACGGAAGUAGCAACGCUUCGCGAACAACAAAAGAAAAAAUAAACCAUACAAACUCCAAGGCGACAACGUGAAAUCGAGUGAAAGGAAACCACAUCCAAAUGUUGAAAGAGUUGGUAAGGGAGCGACUCGUUGCGGCCGCCGACGAAAUCUUCGGACUGUUCGAGAGAACGAUAAUGUCGUACGAGGAACAACUCUGUCGAGCGAGAGCGGAGACCGAGCGACACCGACGACAACUCGAAGCUGUUUGCGAGACUCAAACAGUGCUGCACAACGAAGACGUUCGGCAGUUAAUCGGUCAUCGAGAAGAGUUUUCUCCUCAUCCGCUGUGGGGGAGCUCCAGUUUGGAGCAUCUACAGCCAUUCCACAAUAAAGAGGAAGAGAAGGAUCCACAGCCCUGCCACAUUAAAGAAGAAGAGGAGGAGGAGGCUGUUGUCAGCAAGUUUCCACUGACUGUUGUUUCUGUGGAGAGCCAACAUAGUGAAGACAAAGCACCAGAGUGGACACAGCUUCAUCAUCACAGUCCAAGUGGAGACCACCGUGGCGGACCACCAACUGCCCAACUCGUCGGACCACUGUCACAGAAUGACGACAUGGAAGAUACACAUGAUACAGACCGUGAGGGGGAACAAUCGGGCUGUGAAAAGGAGACAACGCUUAACAAGAAAACUUCUGAAACGGGCAGAAGACUUCACGCGCAUAAAGAACAUUUGCACUGCUCGGUUUGUCGUCAACGGUUUUCUUAUGAAAGUACUUUAAAACUACACAUGCAGACACACGCAGGAGACAAACGUUUUAAUUGUUUAGUUUGUGGUGAAACGUUUGCUCGAAAAGGAAAUAUGAAUGUACACAUGAAAAAACACACAGGAGAAAAAGCUUUUUGUUGUGCAGUUUGUGGUAGAUGCUUUACCCGAAAGGAAAAUUGGACCGUACACAUGAGAACACACACCGGAGAAAAACCCUUUCGUUGCUCAGUUUGUGGUAAAACAUUCCUUCAUAAGUCCAACAUGGUGACACACAUGAGAACACACACGGGAGAAAAACCUUUCUCUUGCUCCACUUGUGAUAAAAGCUUUUCUUACAAGUCUGAUUUGAAUAGACACAUGAGGACACACACAGGAGAAAAACCCUUUAGUUGCUCAGUUUGUGGUAAAACAUUCCUUCAUAAGUCCAACAUGGUGACACACAUGAGAACACACACGGGAGAAAAACCUUUCUCUUGCUCCAUUUGUGAUAAAAGCUUUUCUUAUAAGUCUGAUUUGAAUAGACACAUGAGGACACACACGGGAGAAAAACCCUUUAGUUGCUCUGUUUGUCAUAAAAGCUUUUCUUGUAAGUCUGAUUUGAACAGACACGUCAGGACACACACAGGAAAAAAUGUUUCAUUGUCAUAAGUAGUUUGACUGCUUUUGGGCAGUUAGAGUAUAACAAUAAAAAAAACUAUAACAACUCGGUUUUUAAAAUAUGAGCCUCUACCAAAUGGUUGCAAUGUCACUUCAUGGUUGAAUAAAGCCGUAAUAAUGGCAAAAACUGCAUGGAAAAUUGGCACUUAUUGUAUAUAGUAUUUUCAAAGAAAUACAAAGCCUAAAGGACACUGGGUAUUCAACACGUUGAUUUGUAUUUCAGUGCAUGGAAGUAUUGAAGAAAAUCUGAAACAUUAUCAAA